GUGACACGUGCGUCUUAUAUGGCGUCGCAUCGAGUCUCGCGUAUUUGAAGAAAGUGAGCUGUUCCUUCAUGAAAUUGAUGAAAGGCUGAGGAAAAGUGAGAGAUUGCAGUUGGUGUAAUUUUUUAUCCAUUUUUCCUAAUUAUGGCUGAUAAGACUGGAGAUGGAACGGUGACAAACAUUGUCCCAGGCUUCACGAGUGUCAACGAUUUUGCACAGAAAGCCCUCGGCAAGCUCAAAUUGGCCACGAGAGCCGCCAAUGAACUUCCGGCAGCUGGAGACGACUAUGACUUCUACUCUAGUUUUGAGGGCUUCAGGCAGUUCUGCAAUUCACAGGGAGACAAACUUCUAGGAAACAUCCAGAGGCUUGCAGGGCAGCAAGGGGCAGAUGAAAGUCAAGUAGGUCUUAGCAAGAUCCUAGAUCUCGAGGAUAGAAUAGACUCCCUCAUCGAGACCAAUGACACCCUUCUGGAAAAUGCGGGUGCCCUGCUGGACGAAGCAGAAGGCAUCAGCAAGCCCACUCAGAGCUUCUCACCGGGCGUCUCGAAACCACAACUCAUCGUUACGAGCUGGAACAAAAAGAGAUCGGAGGCCCUCAACGAGAAGUCCAGGAACUUCCGUUUGAUGCAUGCCAGGAACAUCGCCAGGCCCCAGCUCAAGUUCAAGGAUAGGGUUGAUAACUCCAACGUACCCUUCGUACCGGUCAUCACGCACAAACCCAAUGCACUCAAACCACUGCCAGAAGUGUUUGAUACCACAAAGAAGUCAUUCUUGACCAAGACCGACUCGUCUUCGCCUGCCAAGAGGGACAGUGAAACCCAGACAGAAGCGUACCCCCAUCCCUAUCAACAUGAGCUGGACCACUUAGAACCCCUCCCAUCUCAGCUGGAACCGGUAGACGACCCAAGUUACACCCCUCUGGAAGCCACGCCCUUCACCCUGGUAGACACUGUGUCGAAGCUGGAGGAGCUGAGUCGUAGCCUCAAACAAUCCAAGGAGAUUGCUGUUGAUUUAGAGCAUCAUUCCUACAGGUCGUACCUGGGGUUCACCUGCUUGAUGCAGAUAUCGACAGCAGAGCACGACUAUGUCGUUGACACACUAGAGCUUCGCAGUGAGCUCCAGAUGUUGAACGAUGCCUUCACCGAUCCAAAGAUAGUCAAGGUUUUCCAUGGAGCCAACAUGGACAUUGACUGGCUACAGAGGGACCUGGGUCUCUACGUCGUCAACAUGUUCGACACCCACCAAGCAUCACGGUCCCUGGGCUUUCCGCAUCAUAGUCUGGCUAGUCUGCUUUCAAGAUACUGCCAGGUCGAGGCUGAUAAACAGUACCAGUUAGCAGACUGGAGAAUAAGGCCUCUACCUGAAGAGAUGCUGCACUACGCAAGGGAAGACACCCACUACCUGCUCUACAUCUACCACACGAUGAAGAAUGAACUUAUCAAACGAGGCAAUGAUAGAAGGAAUCUUCUCAGGGCCGUGCUGGAUCAAAGUACUAGGAUCUGCGUGCAGCGGUACAACAAACCCAUCUUCACGAACGAUUCACACGUAACGGCCUUUCAGAAAAACAGGAAGAUCUUUAACAAGAAACAGAUGCAUGCCUUCAAGAAGUUGUUUGCCUGGAGAGAUAGCUUAGCGAGACAGGAGGAUGAGAGCACGGGAUACAUUCUUCCUAUGCACAUGCUGUUCCAGAUAGCAGAGAUACUCCCAAAGGACCAAGGUGGCAUCCUAGCGUGUUGCAAUCCGGUACCCCCGUUGGUCAAGCAGAACAUCAAUGAAAUCUAUCACUUUAUCUUAGAAGCGAGAGGUUACCAGGCAAACAAGGAGGGCAAGGUUAAAAAGGGCGAGGUGUUUGCCUCCAAAACCAACACCUUCUCCGCACCUCUCAUUGACCCUCUGGAGAGCCUGCUCUACUGUCCCCAUGACAACAACGUGCACCAGGAAGGUCAAAGAUCAACAAACGACCUCUCUGGGCCAUCUGUUGAAAUGACCUCCUCUUCCAGUCUCUUUGGUGGCGCCACAGCGACCUUGGCAAAGGUUUCCGCAGCCGCACCCAUUAUCACGAUCUUUGACACGCCCUCUAGUGGUGCCGCAGAGCAAAUGGACGUAAAGAGGAGUGCAGCCCAAAAGAAGAUUGAACGGUUGACGGCAUUGUUUGCAAAUCCCUUUGAAAUGUAUUUGCCGUCCACCAAAGUGAGGCAGAUUGCUCAAAGGGUGCUGGACGCGGACAAAAUCACCAUGGAUACCAAAAACACACCAUCAAAGGAGAUCUCCACCUUCCAGCCUCUGUCAGUGUGGAUAAUGAAGAAAGCCACGCCCAAACCAGCUGUGGAGAAGGAGCCUCCGACGGAACCAGGACGGAACCAGGAUCCAGGAACGUACGAGACCCCCAUCGUCUUUAACCCAGAUGCUGCCAGGAAGAGGAAGCAAGAGGAGGAGGAGGAGGCUGAAGAUGAAGCCGUCCCAGUUAGACAGAUGGGUGACACAUCUGCAAAGAAGAGAAAGCACUCUGCCAAUCCGAGCGGAGAGACACCCAGGCCCAAGAAGGAUCGCAGGGGAGAACAUGCUGAGAGGAGGAGCAUGGGGGACACGGGGGCAGCAGACAGAGGUCAUCACCAUGGCAACCAAUAUGUACGGGAAGCGGAGGAGAGAGUCAUAGAGCCUUACGAUUACAGCAGAGCAGAUUACGGCAUGUUUCAAGACUCCCAGCGUUCCAGAGGUAGAGGAAGAGGUCGAGGUCACAGAGGUCAUGACAGGGGUCGUGGAGGUCGUGGACGAGGUCAUUCAAAGGGUCAUCCCCGCCCUAAGGUUCACCAAGAUGGAGGACGACGAAGCAUGACCUACACGAAUCACCGUGGCAACCAAGGGGGUGGAAGCAGAGGUCAGAGGGGUCAAGGGUCAAGGAAUCAAAGGAGGUAGCAGCUUGCUUGACCAGUCAAAAGAUUCUCUUUUAUCUGACCAUCAAGAUCAACUACUGGACAUCUAGUCUGGGGAACAGAGUGUAGCUGUUGUGCUCUACAUGUAGCUUGUUCCCCCCCCCCCC